GAUUCUUACCGAGACUAUAGCUAUCAUGCAAACCCCUGCCGCGAUGACGUUGCAGACAGAACCAAGCAGACGAUUCGUCUCAUAAUUUCAGAUCGCUGAUUCGGAGAAUUAACACAGGGAGGAGAGGAAACCUACAACGAACCAUGUGGACACUACACUUACGGUGGUCUGAUCCAAAACGGCACUUCGUACCAGCCAGGUUUGAACCGAGUUGGUGACAUUUCCCCAACACCAAGUCAACUCUACUGUGACUAUUUGACUUAGAGCCAUGAGUGCACAGACGACAUUCUGGCAGAAAGGGGCAGGAGUUGUCCUGUUUUUCGGGUUCCUGGCCACCUGUGUGUACUACUACAAGACCGACCGACUGCAGUCCUCUACAGAACCCUUUCACGACCCUCGGAUAUUCUACGACAAAAACGGGGGACUGCGACAGUUCGACGGAUUUCCUCAAAAACUUCUGCUCGACGGUUACGAUUUGAACAAAAAGCCAGCGUUUCAUGUCAGUCACGGAAGGAACGAAUCAGCCUCAAAAAGUUUGAUUGAAAAUGACAGAAAUAUAUUUGAGAAUGUCACACAGAAAACUAACAGUAAUGAAAAAUUCACACAUGAUUUUAGCACGCCAAUAUCACAUAAGAAACAUGUGUCCAGUUCACAGGAUUUUUCUGAUUCGAAAAAAAGUUUCAGAAAUGAAAAAUCGACACAGCUACCAGUCCAAACCGAGAAACCUCCGGAAACUCCCGAACAGUCGAUCGUUGAAAUCGCGGGUCUUCCGACGGUCUACGACCCGACGGAAUUUCCCGAGCACAUCGUCGUUCGUCUGAAUGCUACAUUUGAAGGAGCAAUCUCUACAGCUAGCCCUCAUGUGGUACAGAACGUACCUAAAGCCACAGAGAGACCCAGAACUACAUCCGUAAACAAAAUAGAAGUAAACCACACAGACGAAACAAAUUCAAACCACCUGUUUGAUGUUCUAACAAGCGCGUCAAGAAGUACACUUGAACUUUUGAGUCCAGGUCCAAUCUACCACCUCGGCGACAGUCUACACGUCAGAAUACAGGCCAGGGAUUGGCUGAACCGCCCAAAAAGUCGCGGAGGGGAUUAUUUCAAAGCUAAGAUUUUUAACCCCUCGUUGCUGGCGAGUUCUGCGGGGCGGGUGACGGGCCACGAUGACGGGACGUACACCGUGAGUUUCUGGCUGAGUUGGAGCGGGGAGGCGCGGGUAGAGGUCACACUUAUCCACCCCGCGGAGGCUAUAGAUGUUCUGAAGAGGAUACGGCCGAUACCCAGGAAGAGAGUGUAUGCGUGUGGCUUUAGAGACGGAAACCACACCGCCCAGACUAAGUGUUUCCCAUCGCCUGAUCCGGACCCUGCCAACAAGGAGUGUGACUUCUCCAGCGCGCAUGCGGAUGCAGGCUGGUACUGCGGCCGGCCGGGCGACAUCCCGUGUGACAAGGUCGUGGGGUGUGGCGGGUUAGCACUGAGGGAUCAUGGGUACCUGGGGAUCUCCGAGGAGGACGUCAGACUGUUCAACGAAAGUUAUAUCGACCAGGUGGUGGGCGGAUCCUUGAGUGUGAAUGUAACAGCUAAUAACGUCCCAUGUGUCAUACGUCAUUCAGGAGGAAAAUGUCUCCACGUCAAAACCUAUCCAGGCGAGCAACAGCCAAUCAACAAGCUCGUUCUAAAGGACUGUGGCAAUCGGCAGAGACAGCUGUUCGUCCAUUGGCCAGACGGCAGGCUCAUGCAUGCUGUUUCCAAGAAAUGCCUUGUUCUGGACACAAAGGGAGAAAUUCGCGAAGGCACAGAGAUAACACUUGGAGACUGCGAUGAAAAAAGUCUGCAUGUCCCCCAUACCCGGUUUCGGACGCUACAAGACACGUCUACCGGCAUGUGUCUUCACCCGUACGGCGGGUCAGAUAACCCGGAUGAAGACACACACAUUGUCAUCUUCAGCGGAUGUGAGGAAGGCAGACUCAUGUUCGAAUAUAUGGAAGAUCCCUCCACUUUACCGAAGUGUGCCCCGUCAGCAGGAAUCGUCCGUCCAGAUUCAGAUGGGUUCUUCCUCCACGAUAAGUGGUACAGUCGGUACUGCAACGCCAGAAGGUUCCCGGAUGUCGACAGCAUUUCCAAGUGCUUAGCAGGGGAGAGCCUAUUCAUCCAUGGGGACUCGACCGCCCGUCAGUGGUUUGAACACCUGCACGGUAAGCUGGGUCUCUCCACCAUCCGCCUGGCACCCGACCUGGACAGCUGCAGGCUGGGCCCGUGCGCUGCACAUAACAACAUCACCGACUUUCACAUGCACUUCCAGUUUCACAACUUUCCAGUGCACGGGAACCCUUUCAAAGUACACAACAUGGAGUACAUAGUCGACGCACUGGAUCGUCUGCAAGGCGGGUCCACGGUCACGUUCGUUAUCAACAUCUGGGCGCACUUCACCCCCGAACCGGUGGACGUCUACCGCAGGAGGAUACUGGCCGUCAGGGACGCCAUCUUGCGGCUUCACCAGAGAUCGCAGGAAACAUUGGUCGUGGUGAAGUCGGCCAACAUGGCGUUGAGCUCUUUUCCUCCGAGCAGGCGCCCGAUCAGUCCGAACUUGUACCUACAAGCCGACGACUAUUAUUCUGAGGAUUUUAAUAACAUAAUGAGAGACAUUUUCGCGGAAACAAAUGCUGUGUUCCUGGAUGUUUGGGAGAUGACCUCAUGUUUCCAUGCACCCCAUGAUAUUCACCCAACUUGGGAUCUGGUGCAUGAAGAAGUCAGCUUGCUUCUGGCCUAUAUUUGCCCUGAUAGAACUCUGUAAACACUGUACCUGUAUGCCUGGUAUACUAGUAACUGUCUUUUGCUGUAUCACACCAGCCCACUGUAACCACCAUUAUUAUGCACAUUAUGUUGCAAUAUUAGAUUUUUAUAAUUGGCAAUAUAGUACCAUGCUCAUUCCAACAUGACUCUAGCAUAUACUCAAUACUUUGACAUAUGGAACAUGCUAGUAAUAUACAACAUGUAUUUAGUCCAUCUGAUUAGAAAAGAUAGUAUAUAGUAACUGUUGUAAACUUUUGGAUACAACGUCACAGAGAUGAACAUAGAUUAUGAAUCUGUAGGAUGUAGAUAAUAAGAUUAUUACAAACUCUUAUACGAAGGCUAACUGCACUUAGUCUACAUUAUGUUACAUUCAUAUUCAGUGUGUAAACAUUCUAAA